AUGGAAGAACAGGUGUUCAAGGGAGACCCAGACACCCCUCAUUCCAUCUCCUUCUCUGGCAGCGGAUUCCUCUCCUACUACCAGGCUGGGGCUGUGGACGCCCUACGGGAUCUGGCCCCCCGGAUGCUGGAAACAGCUCAUCGCUUCUCUGGGACUUCAGCAGGUGCAGUGAUUGCGGCCUUGGUCAUCUGCGGGAUUGAGAUGGAUGAAUACCUCAGAGUUCUCAACGUGGGUGUGGCCGAGGUGAAGAAAUCCUUCCUCGGGCCCUUGGCCCCCUCCUGCAAGAUGGUGCGGAUUAUGAGGCAGUUUCUGUACCAGGUCCUGCCUGAGGACUCCUACAAGGCCGCCACGGGGAAGCUCCACGUGAGCCUCACCCGGUUGACGGAUGGAGAGAAUGUCGUGGUUUCAGAGUACACAUCCAAGGAAGAACUCAUUGAGGCCCUGUACUGCAGCUGCUUUGUCCCAGUGUACUGCGGCCUCAUCCCUCCAACUUACCGUGGUGUGCGGUAUAUCGAUGGGGGCUUCACGGGCAUGCAGCCCUGCUCCUUCUGGACUGACUGCGUCACCAUCUCCACCUUCAGCGGGCAGCAGGACAUUUGCCCCCGGGACUGCCCUGCCAUCUUCCAUGACUUCCGCAUGUUCAACUGCUCCUUCCAAUUCUCCCUGGAGAACAUCACCAGGAUGACUCAUGCCCUAUUCCCCCCAGACCUGAUGAUCCUGCACAAUUACUACUACCGAGGGUACGAAGAUGCCGUUUCGUACUUGAGGCGGCUGAACGCUGCUUACCUUAAUUCUCCCUCCAAGAGAGUGAUUUUCCCCCGGGUAGAAGUGUACUGCCAAAUAGAACUCGCCCUUGGCAGUGAGUGCCCCGAACACAGUCAACCAAGCCUCCAAACAGAACAGGCCAGUCCGGAAGAAUCCACACAACUUCAUACACAAUGGGCUCCCACAGGGGAAGGAAGCAGUGGCCAUGGUCCACCUACGUCCCCACCUAUGCAGACACCUGAAUCUACAUGUGGGUGGCCUGUGGAGUCAACUGUUUCACCACCUGUUUCUUCAUUUGAGCAGUCACCUGCAUUGCCACGGGCCUCAUCACCAUCACAUUCUCCAACUGACUUGCCACAUGUAUCACUGCCAGCUGUGCACCGACGACCCAUCUCAACACCUGUGUCACCACAACAGCAGGUACAACCAACUGGAUCACCACCCAGAUCCCCACCCUCCCAGUCACCUAUGUCACCCAGGCCACCCCUGGAGCCUUCAGCUGUGGAGGCACAUCAAACAUUGCCCCGAUGUUCUUCAGCAUCACCUGCACAACCCGCUGUGGAGGAACUAGGCUCAGAUCAGCCCCAAGUUCCUCUUACCUCUUCAAAUCCAAAAACUGUGCCGCUAGUUAAUGUGAAGGAAACCACCAGCAAGCCUUAUGCCAUGGUGAGCCCUCCUGAAGACUCCAAUUGGGUGAGCAAGGUAUUCAUGAAGAACAAACAAAAGACAAGUGGCACCAGAAAAGGCUUCCUAAGACAUCCACGAUCCAAAAAAUCGGGCAGCAAAGCGCAGUGA